UGUAUCUUGCUGCAGCAAUUUGUGUGGUGAUAGCACAAGGAAUAGUAUUGUUCACAACUUGGCAGUACACAUUCACCACCAUGAAGCUACUUCAUGCUGCUGGUCAGGAUGCCAAAAUAACAACUUUGCUCCUCCGUGAUGGAACCAUAUACUUUGGGGUCCAACUAGUUGUGGAUGUCUUGGUAGCUACAAGCACAUAUACAGAGGUGCUUGCUGUGUUUACAGCUUUUCCUGGCAGCCUCACAGCAGUAAUCAUGUCCCGUUUCCUCCUGAACCUUCGCAGUGCAGCCAAUCCUGCAGAGGGUACAACUUCAGCAUCCAUGUCUGAGCUCCAUUUCUCAGGCCCACACUCUCUUGGUGGAUCUAUUGUUUUCCAUGAGGAUGACAAUGAGGAGAUGGUAGAUGAAGAGUUCACAGAUGGAGGAGAUGGACAAGGAAAUACUUAUGUUCAUGGUGCUGAGUAUGUUUGAGCAGCCACUAAGUUGACAUUUCAUAGAACUGAUUCUGG